AAAGAUGUUUGGAGGAAGUUGCAUCAACAGCUUGUAAAUGUUGAUGUCUACAAUUUGAAAGCGCUCCCGCUUGAAGCAUAUUCUAGUGUUGCAGUUGCAGUUGUGUGGUCUAUGAGGCUUGCUCUAACAGUUGCAUUUUAUAUUUGGAUUGAUAAUAAGAUGAGACCAAUUUAUACAAAAAUAAUACCUUGGGAUUUAGGACCUCCUUCCAAGAAGAAAAAUAUUCCAAUAAAUAAUCCUUCUCUGGGUUCAUUAGGAAAGAGCAGGGCAAAAUUCAUAUCAGCAGAAGAAAAGACUGGUGUCACUUUUGAUGAUUUUGCUGGCCAAGAAUAUAUUAAGAGGGAACUGCAAGAGAUUGUUCGGAUACUGAAAAGUGAGGAAGAAUUUCGAGGCAAGGGCAUUUAUUGCCCAAAAGGAGUGCUUUUCUAUGGUCCUCCUGGAACUGGCAAAACUCUUCUGGCAAAAGCGAUAGCUGGUGAAGCAGGACUUCCUUUUUUUGCUGCUAAUGGCACUGAUUUUGUUGAGAUGUUUGUUGGUGUGGCCGCUUCACGAGUAAAAGACCUUUUUUCCAGUGCCAGAUCCUAUGCACCUUCCAUUAUUUUCAUUGAUGAGAUAGAUGCAAUUGGCAGCAAACGUGGUGGACCAGAUAUUGGCGGAGGUGGUGCUGAAAGGGAGCAAGGCCUCCUUCAAAUACUAACAGAAAUGGAUGGGUUCAAGGUUUCCACAUCACAGGUUUUAGUCAUUGGCGCAACAAAUCGGUUGGAUAUCCUCGAUCCUGCUCUAUUGCGGAAGGGCCGUUUUGACAAGAUUAUAAGGGUUGGUCUGCCAUCAAAGGAUGGCAGAUUGGCCAUAUUGAAGGUACAUGCUCGAAACAAAUUUUUCCGCUCUGAAGAAGAGAAGGAGACUUUACUGCAGGAAAUUGCUGAACAGACAGAAGAUUUUACUGGGGCAGAACUUCAAAAUAUUUUGAAUGAAGCUGGAAUAUUGACUACCAGGACAGACGCAGACUACAUAGGAAGAGAAGAGCUUCUCGAGGCUCUGAAGAGGCAAAUGGGCACAUUUGAAACUGAGGAACUAAAAGUGAGAGGAUCGCCCAGAGGUUCCUGAGGAACUAAAAGUGAGACUUGCAUACCGAGAAGCUGCUGUUGCAGUUGUUGCAUGUUCCAUUCCCGAUCCACACUGCCCCUUCACUGAGACUCAUGUGAACUCCAUUAGUAGUAAACCAAAUAUGCAGUAUACAGCAGUGGCAGGCAGAGUAUUUAAAAAGAAAUCUGAUUAUGUGAAUGCAGUAGUGCGUUCUUGUGCUCCCAGAGUCAUUGAGGUCGAGAUGUUUGGAGUUGACAAUUUGUGCUGGAUCUCUGCAAAUGCCACUUUAGAAGCUUCUACGCUUGCAGAGCGUUUGAUUCUACAGACAGGAAUGACUGCACUCGGGAAAGCUUACUACAGAUACCAGAGAGAUCUUGUGCCAAAUUUAGCUGCUAAAAUUGAAGCUCUUCGAAAUGAGUAUAUUCGUUUUGCUAUGGAGAAAUGUGGAUCUAUACUGAAAGAGAACCAUGUUGCUGUAGAGACCAUUACAGAUAUUUUACUUAAGAAAGGAGAGAUCAAAGCUGAUGAAAUUUGGAGCAUAUAUGAAAGUUGCCCUCGAGUAACUCAGCCGGCUGUUAGGCCAAUUGAUGAAUAUGGAGCCCUUGUUUAUGCUGGAAGAUGGGGAAUUCAUGGUGCUUCACUUCCAGGGAGGGUGACUUUUGCCCCUGGAAAUGUUGGCUUUUCAACCUUUGGUGCUUCACGUCCUAUACAGACACAGGUCAUUAGUGAUGAAACAUGGAAGCUAGUAGAUGGAGUAUGGGAUAAAAGGGUUGAGGAAAUCAAAGCUGAGGCAUCUUUGGAAGUUAAAGAAGGCGAGGAAAAGCCACAAGUUCUUCUAGCCAGUCAUUUCCUGUAGCACAUCAUAUUAGUCUCUGAAGGUAGGUAUUGGUCAUGCUUGUUUUUCUUGAAAGAGCAGAUAUUUGGGCAUAUGAGUCAUAGAUCUGUUUUGAGAAGCUUAGAUCAGGUUUACAGCAGAACAGUUGACCCAAAAUCGAGAAAGAGAGAGAUAGAGAGCAUUUGUUGGGGUCGUCAUCCGUAAGAACUAUAGACUUGAGUUUCCUUCACUGGUUCCCCUUCAUUUGGAGAAAACUGUACUCGCCGUCUCUAUCGUCCAUGUCAAGGUUUACCCGGCUAAAGGUCCAGCUCCACCCUUCUAUCUUACUGGAACUGGCCAGUCAUGAACCAGAACUACACUGGGCCCGGC